CGGCCCGGUGGGGCGGAGCUGUGGCUGCGGUUCCCUGCAGUGGGGUGGGGCUCUUGGCUUGCGAUUUGGUGUGGGUUGUGUACUAGGAGGGUAGAAGUUAGGGUUCCUUUUUGUUCGGGAAGUAGUGGAACGAGCCUUUCGUAACAGGGCAAGGAGGGGUGGGACUUAGGGUUCGCGAUGACCUGUUCCAGCGGCUCAGCGUCCGCGCUGCCUCGAGGGACCCGGUGUGCGAGAUCUGUCCGCGUUCCUGCUUGCCCCUGCACGGCGACUUAGAGGCAGCCCUGAACCCAUGACGUAUAAUUCGGACGCCGAUGCAGAAAGGACUCAGGCCUUUUUAUUUUUAUUUAUUUAUUUAUUGACGUCCGGUUCAGUCACCUCCAGGUUGAGCCGGGCUGGAGGAAGAGGCACGUGCUUUGCUGAAUGGAGCUGGUCGCGGGUUGCUACGAGCAGAUCCUCUUUGGGUUGUCACCUGCCAGCUGUGUCAACUCCAAAUUGUGUAACUUUCCAGGAGAGAACCACUGGGAGGAGUGUGAAGUGAGUGUGCUCUGGACAUGAAAACAAAAACUGAGUAGGCAAGACAUAUAUAUUUGAACUUUCACAUUUUAUCUUUAAAAACGUGUCUUUACUCAUUUUGCUCCACAACGUAUCUGUUCAUUUUAAUGCAAAAGCAUUAUACUCCCAUCCAAAAUGAAAAAAAAAGAAAACCUCGACAUGGAUGAAUCUGGAGAACAUCAUCCUCAGCAAACUGACACAAGAACAGAAAACGAAACACCGCAUAUUCUCACUCAUAGGUUUCUGGAUAAAUGGCAGAACAGGAGAGUUUUGCAGGUUUUGGCAUAGCUCAACACAGUAACUAUUCCAGCUACUGGCAAAGAGUGAAGCAGGAGUUCCAGCCCAUCCAGGGUUACCACUGUGGCAACUGGUACAUGCAGCAGCCCAGCUCUUACCUUCUUUCUGGCUACAGCUACAGCUGUGCAGUGGAUGGAAAUGGACAGAACUGUUUUUCUGCACGUGAGACCCCUCAACACACAGCUGGAACUUUGGUUAUGCCUAAGGAAACCACAGCUCUAGCUGAAAACCAAGAUGAAGACCCACUAGAAGUGUUGUACAGUGUUUUGGGCAUGCACAUGAUGCUCACACAGUGGCUUCUGCUCACCAACAGAUGAAGACAGAUGCACCGAUGAGGCUGGAGUGCAGUGGCACAAUCUUGGCUCACUGCAACCUCUGCCUUCCAGUUCAAGUGAUUCUCCUGCCUCAGCCUCCCAAGCAGCUGGAUUACAGGCAUGCGCCACCACACCCGGCUAAUUUUUGUAUUUUUAGUAGAGACGGGAUUUCAUCAUGUUAGCCAGACUGGUCUCAAACUCCUGAUAUCAGGUAAUCCAAUGGCCUCUGCCUCCCAGAGUGCUGGGAUUAUACUGUGAGCCACUGCACACGGCGGGAACAAAUAUUUUUGAGUGCCAAUUAUGUGCCAGGCACUUUGGGAAAUGAUAAUAGUAAAAAACAGAUCCAGUCUCUGCUCUGCCUUAUGGGUCUGUGGUUUGCUGGUAUAUAUGAGAGCUGGCCAUAGUAUACAGAAUUGUUUCUUCCAUCUCUGCAGGGGUAGGGAGUUCUCACCAAGAGUCUGAACAAUGCUCUGAGUUUCCCAUUGCUGUUUCCAUGUUCUCAGGAUGCCUGGCAGAUUUAUAAACUCUCGGAAGUGGAGCUCCAGGGAAUACAAUGUUCAUUGUCCUAUUUGGAAGGCAGAGUUGUUGUGGGUCCCUGCUGGGGGCCGGGGGAAAUGUGGGCCUCCUGUCUGAUUUGUUUUAAUCUCUGAAGUUCAGUGGUUCCAGUAGCUGUCUGUGGGCUUCACUUCCCCUUUUCUGCCUUUAACACCCUGCAUGUUUUCCUGUUGUCAAACAGGGUGGUGAGUCCCCGUGUCUCCCUGUCCGUGUGGGUCAGGUUGUUUGUGGAUCUUUCAGGAAGGUCCUGGGGUUGCGGGGGGUCCCUCCUGCUCUCAUACCCAUACCAAGUGCUUUCCUCUGAAGGGAAUGUGAGGGAGGAAGAAGGGAGAAGUUUCAGAGGCUUCUGAGGUUCCCCAAAAGGGAAGAGGUUGAAUUACCCCCUGAGCAGGGAGAGCUACUGAGUUGAACUGAUUUGCUUUGUCAUUUGAUUUAGCAGUAGCUAGGCCCAGUGGCAGCAAUUGUAUAUGCGUUUCUGGGGGUCAUUUGUCCAGUUCAUCCCUGAGCCUUGAUCUCCCAGGUGCAGGUAGGAGCAUCUUGUCUCCCCUCCCCUCCCCUUCCCUCCGCUUUUCUCUUUUUUCUGUUCUCUUCUUUCUUUUC